AGAGCAAGUCACUCUCGUGAUCAAACCUUACGAGACUCAUUAGUGAUGAGACACAACAAGUCCCUGAUGGAACAGACGCAUAUCUGACUCGUGCAUAGGAGCAGAUCUAAUUGUUCGUGCUGUUUCAGUCAAGAAAUCCAGAGGGUGGAGAAAUGGGUUCAGAUCAAAGCAGUCUGCCUGCUGGAGCACCAGGAAGCAGCAUUCGGUCACAGCGGGAUGAAGAGAUACCAUACACACAUUACUCAAUCAGCAAACCCAUUGACUCAGACUCACCUCGACAGUCACCACGUUCGCACAAAGUUAGAGCCCAACAAACAGCUAAACUGGAACAUGGAGAACUUGGUACACCAAAACAUGACAUUGUUGUUGUUGCUGGUGGCUGCAGCCAAGUGAAAGAUCCAGAUCCUGAGCUAACCAAGCUGAAUACCAUACCUAUAUUUUUUCCCAUCAUAAAGGGUUCAUUAAAUGUUGCACCCAGCUUGAGGGAACCAGAUGUGUUGGAUAAAAUAGAUCGUCACACAUUGCUGCUUUUGUGCUUGCGUUAUCAGGACCAUCUAAAACAGCUAGCAGAGGCUGUUGCCUUUGAUCAGAAUGCCUUGUGUAUUCGCCUCAAAGAGGUAAACCACAACAUUCACUUGUUGACAAAUGCCCUAAACGAAACACAAAAGAAGUAUGGAAAAUAUGUGGAGCAGUUUCAACGAGUCACUGAAAUGCUAACCACCUUGUGUAAAGUGAAAGCUACAAUGGAUGAUAUUAUACCCCGAAUGGAACGCCUAAACCAGAUGUUGCCAUGCAGUGAGCAGUUGGAGGCAUUUGCAGUCAGGCCAAGUGGAAUGGGUUUUCAAACAAUUAACUGACCAUAAAAAGGUUAUAUGAUCAUUAUUCCAUUACAUUAUUUUCUUCGCUCAUAAUUUUUGUCUCCGAGGUAAAUACAGAGGGGUGAUAUUUGGUGACUUUUUUAAUUUGAAUAAUAAAUGCAAUCAUUUAAUCUUGGUUAUUAUUAGAAAAAGCGUCCCACAGCUUACAGUUCUUUUAGAUUUUUUGGCCACCCAAACAAACCCAUGUUGAAGAUUUUGUAAGCAGUAAAAAAGUGCUGCAUAGCAAAGAUGUUUCAGAGCCAGAUGCAGAACAAUCAUUGAUGAAGCAAAUAUUCAGUUUUUGGAUAUUGUAAGAAAAUUCACCAUCUUCAGAGACUUUUAGACAUCCUUGAAGGAUCACCGCUGCUUUGUUUCUAAUGUUUAGGAUGGGUCUACAUGUUGUAGGUGACAAGGCUCCACUUUUCAUAUGGGCCAUAAUAAGACCGAAUAUGUAUUAAAAUUAUGUCAGGCCAUUGAUUCAUGAACUUUUUUUUAACUGGGUGGUGUCCUUUCAACUCAGUUUGUGUCAGCAGUUUUGAAAAUGCUCUUGUGAACUCUUUUCUGUGUUGUUUUGCUGUUUUGCUCACAUGAAGCUACUAUACUUCAUGUUGCAUGUUUGAUGAUGGAAUAAUGCAUGGUGACGAAGUUGUACUGUGUACACCUUAGAAGUAAAUGUGUGGUUAGUAUAUGUUAAGUAAUAAUUUUGAUCCUUACCUUUGAUACUACCUCAUUUCCCUUAAAAAAAAUAUAUAUAUACUUGCUGAUUUGUAUUGUAGUAUGAUUGCGCUAAGCAGAUUAUAGUCUUCCUUGAUGUCUAGGUCUGAUGACUGAUAUUAGUUCUGACAUUAUCAGUUACAUUGCAAGAUAGUAUGCAAGGGUUCUGAACCUAGGUCAUUAGUACCGUUCCUCUGAUGACUACCCUCCAAGGCACCUUGAAGGAUAGUCUUCAACAAGGUGUUGUUGCAGAUCACAUGGCCAAAGAAGACCAGAUUACGUGACUUGACUUUUUAAGUAAGGGCUCCUGGUAUCCUAUCAGGCUGGCAACAUUUGUUUCGUACAAAGUCAUUGGUUUUAUGUUCUCUUUAUGUGGUCCUUUAUGUGCUGUACCUCGUUCAUGUAGAUGUCUGCUUUGCUGUUGCCAUUGAUAAUAACUUUGCUCUUUUCAGAGCUGGCCUCCAUUCCAUGUGCAUUCAAACUGUCAGUCUGUUGGUAAGGUUUUGCAGUUCUUUGUUAGUGCCUGCUAGCAGAUCUAUGUCAUCUUACAGAUAGUUCCUGUAUUUGAUGCCAUUUUUGAUUGACACACCUCACCAGACAUUGGAGAGUCUAGUUCCUGCCUUAAAAGGUGUUUAAUUAGCAGUUGACAUUUUCUGCUAUUAGUUGGAACUAGUGAGAAAAGAGAGUUUGCAUAGUCCUAGUCAUUUUCUUUAGUAUUCACUGUAUAAAGAGUUAUGUCUGUCAGUA